AUGGCGGAUGCUGACGAAGAUGUAAUGCCACGGGCAGGCGGAGGCGAGGACGUGGAUCUUUCAGAUGAAACGCAAGACUUUCGAUUCUUGACCUCAAUAUCGAAAGAGGAUGCCACGAUUCCCAAAAGAGGAGAAAAGGACUUUGAACCUCAUGCCACUGCACUUCAAUCUAACACAUUGGCUGCAUCGCGGCAGGCGAUGCACAAUGCUCUUUCUUAUCAACGAGUCCAUGCUCCGAAAGGAUACACCAUUGGAACAUAUCAUCCGGAAACUAAUAUGGCGUAUACCACGAGCCCUAGAGGACCGCUGUUCGCUAAGAUGGGCCAUGUGCGAUCUGCAAAGAAUGAUCCUCUUGGACAUGGCGAAGAUCCCCAACGAGGGCAGCGGAUUUGGCUUCUUCCCGAAGAAGUGUUAUACCUGCUCGAACGAGGAACCAUAGAUAUACGAUGGCCGGCUCUGGACGGAGACGAAGUCGGUCAAGGGCUUCCCAUGAGUCUACAAGGCGCAUACGCCAUGUUCCUUGGCGAUAGCGAAUUCCACAAUGAGAGUCUUACUUUUGAGCGAUACUCGGUCUAUUCAGGUUUGAAACGUAUGGGCUAUACGGUAUUGAGAGCACCGAGUUGGAACUCUGCAGGACCGCCUCCUGGAAUGGAAUGCUAUCCUAUGCCAGCGAGACGGACAUGGCAAGCAGGGUUGCUCGACGCGCUAUCAUUCUGGAAGAUAUUCUGGUUCUCGAAACCCGCAGACAACACCUCAAACCACCACACUGGACCUCUUGUUCAAAAUUCACUACAUCGUGAUUACAAUCAAAUCUUCCAACGCCUCGCACUCAUCAACUUCCACGAUCCAACCGCACAUUUCCAAACUGAAGACCCAAGCAAAGCACAUCCCGACUUUCGGAUCACAUACCACGUCUGGAAACCCGGCUCAACAACAUUUAAGAAAUCAGCUCCAGGAAUUCCAGACUUCAGAAUCGCAGUUAUCAAUGCUCGUGAGACAACACCUCCCACACUUGAACAAAUGGGUGCUCUCAUGGACUCGACACCCUAUGACCCACCGAAACCAGACGGCCACAUGCAUGCGAAAUUCAAGUAUGGGUAUAAGAAUGUUAUUUUUGCGAUCGUGGACCAAGGUGUAACAAGUUAUCUGCGGAUCGCAGAUGCUGCGUUUGGGCGAGAGAAAGUGUAUGAGCGGAGAGCACCCGCACGUGGUGGAAAGCGUGGUGGUGGGAGAGGCGGCAGAGGUGGCAGGGGGAGAGGAAACGGUCGGUGA